AUGGAAAGGUCGUUUCUAAUAGUAUUUACAUCCGACGUCGUCGUCACUCGUCAAGGAUUUUAUCUUUAUUGGAAUACAUAUCAAGGCUAUAUUCCCAAAUUCCUGAAUGCUCUCAAUGGUGACUUCAUUCACACUAUUGUUGUUAAAGGAGACAAGGUCCAUCUAAAGUGUGAUGCUGUCGGAAUGCCAGAACCAAAAAUUGUUUGGAAAAAGCACGGUUUUCGAGUUGCUGGAAACGAUAACACUUUUGUGCAGCUAAGUGGUAAUGAGCUCAUUUUCCUUCAUGUUAACGAAACGGAUACAGGCUGGUACACAUGCGAAGCAGGAAACUACUUGGGAAUAAUACAGAGGAGCUACCAAUUAACAGUUCAUGUUUUUCCAGUUCUAAUUCAAAACCCUGACAGUAUUCAUUUUGAACCAUUUCUUGAACGUGUUCACCAAGCGGCAUUUUGGUGCCAAGUAUAUGGCAUUCCUGAACCUGAUGUUAACUGGAAAAAGGAUGGAGUGCCAAUAGAAAAAACAAGCACUGACUUUAGAAAAGGAAGUCAAUGGCUACUGAUUCGUUAUGUGGAACUUGCUGAUUUGGGAAAUUACUCUUGUUAUUUCAACAACUCAUUGGGGCAUGUCGAGUCAGAUCUAGCCACGUUAUCGGCAUCGAACGCUACUGACUGGUUUUAUCACUUCUUGGGCAUUUCCACUACCCUAACUCCGAUUCUGCAUCAGCGCGUUUACAUUUAUAUAACAUGUAUAUUUUGCUUCGAUUUGGGAACUUUUAAGAUUUACAAAAAUGGAGUAUAUCUAAAUGCUUCAGCAAAUGACCGAAUUGAUUUCUAUGGUAGCUCGUCUAGAUUUCGCUUUACCGUGUCAUAUGUGACUGAAGGAGAUAUCGGGAUUUACGAAAUUCAUUCCGUCGACCGAGGAGUUUCUUGGUUUACAGUCAUCGACGUUCAAGUUCCACCAAUGACAUCUAUUACAACUAUAGGCGAUGACUUAAAAUAUGUUUACAACAAACCUACUAUCUCUUGUCAAUCUACCAUCGUCAAUUCCCAACCCACUUUCGUCUGGUACAAAAAUGGUGUUGCUAUGAAUAGUACGUGGAAUGGAUACAAAAUAUCCGGUGACUAUUUCAAAAGUUACUUGACCUUACAAAACUACCCAACCAAUCAACAAGAUGACGUUUACAACUGCACGGCAAUCAAUAUUGCCGGAAAGAGCACAGCAAGCAUUGCUGUGACCGUUCAAGUGAUCGAUGGCUGGAUAGAGUCUAACAGAGGAUCUGAGUGCAGUGUAUCAUGUGGGUUAGAUUAUGGCGUCACAAUUGUUCAAAGAGUGUGUAGCACAAGUGGUGGUCGGUGUGUGGGACUAUCCGUUUAUGCACAAGCGUGUCAAGGACGUUCUGUGUGCCCGACUAAUGCAGACGCAACAUCACCAGUACCAUCUUUGAUUUCAACUGGACAAGCAAGCAGAACUAAAAAUUACGCGGCCACUGACUCACAAACGUCUCCUUACGUUCGUACUCAAGGCCCCACUCAAGUCGGAAAGGAAGAGUUGUCUCGAGGCGCGGUUGCCGGAAUAUCAGUGACUGUGACCGCCAUCACGGCAGUUCUUAUUUGCUUCAUUAUUUUUUAUGUUAUUUUGAAUCGCUUGAGGAAACAGAUAUCUAGUUGUGCCGACAAGAGCGCUACCUCAGAGAAUACUCAUGCAAAGUUUCCCUUUCGCAAGCGUCCACAAGAUGGUUCUAACUCAAGAGGAGAUAGCAACGAGCGAAAUAGGCCGAUUUACUUGCCACCACUUCCUGCUACUACAGUUGAUGACUCUGAACAAUCAGAAAUUGGACUAAAAGAAAGGUAUGAAAGUGCACCUAACGAAGAAAGUGUGAACGCGAACCCGGCAUAUGGUGUUGUAAGAUCUGGAAGGAACGAUGAGCAAAAUACCUAUGAAACGACUUAUCCAGUAUAUGAAACCACGUCGUGAUAGAAGAUGCAAACAUACCUUAUGCUGCUUUGUACAAACUUUGUUACGUCCAUUUUGAUGAUAGCUUGACACGUACUGACAAUUAUUGUGUUCUACUUAGUUUGUUCUUUUUCAUUGUGAUGCAGCAUAAGACUGUAGUCUGCCCAACAUAUGUUCAAUUGAUCAAUUUACAUGUGCUAAUUGUUUUAAAUUUGCGUACGUUUUAAUUACGUUCAACUAUAAACAAUAAA